UAGACACCUACAGGCUGUAGAAGUUCAGUGCGCAGCCUGUUCGCUUGUACCUGCACAAUGUGCUGCUUAUGACUGGCAUUCCGAGGGGACAUCGCGAACCUUUGGCAUUUCACCACUUUGACAUCAAUGUGACAGUCUUUUUUACUUUCUGUUUUAAUUAAGGAAUACCCCGCUGUGUUUCACAAACAGAAUUGUCUAAGAAGACUAUUUCAUGAAUUUGAAGAGCCAGUAGCAGUUUAAAUAAUUUUGAAGAUGGAGCAAAAAGUCAGCAAACUCAGCUAUGGGUGCCAGCGGAGCUCCACAUCGGAUGAUGAUUCUGGCUGUGCUAUGGAAGAAUACACUUGGGUUCCACCUGGUCUUCGGCCGGAACAGGUCCAGUUAUACUUUGCAUGCCUACCAGAGGAAAAGGUGCCUUAUGUCAAUAGUGUUGGAGAAAAAUAUCGAAUUAAACAGCUUCUUUAUCAAUUGCCUCCACAUGAUAAUGAGGUGCGAUAUUGCCAGUCAUUAACUGAAGAAGAGAAAAAAGAACUGCAGAUGUUUAGUACUCAGCGCAAAAAGGAGGCACUUGGGAGAGGCAAUAUUAAAUUAUUGUCAAGAGCUGUAACACAUGCUGCGUGUGAACAGUGUGGAGAGAAAAUGAAUGGAGGUGAAAUAGCAAUUUUUGUCUCAAGAGCUUGUCCAGGGGUGUGCUGGCACCCAUCAUGCUUUGCAUGCUCCACUUGUAAUGAAUUGCUUGUUAACUUGAUUUACUUCUACCAAGAUGGAAAAGUGCAUUGUGGGAGGCACCAUGCCGAACUCCUGAAGCCACGAUGUUCAGCCUGUGAUGAGAUUAUAUUUGCUGAUGAGUGCACUGAGGCUGAGGGUCGUCAUUGGCAUAUGAAACAUUUCUGUUGUUUUGAGUGUGAAACUGUGCUUGGAGGCCAAAGAUACAUCAUGAAGGAUGGACGUCCAUUCUGCUGUGGAUGCUUUGAAUCACAUUAUGCAGAGUACUGUGAAUCUUGCGGAGAUCAUAUAGGUGUUGAUCAUGCACAAAUGACCUAUGAUGGCCAGCACUGGCAUGCCACAGAGACCUGUUUUUCCUGUGCACAAUGUAAAGUUUCUCUUCUUGGAUGUCCAUUUCUGCCGAAAAAAGGAAGAAUUUAUUGUUCCAAGGCUUGCAGUUUGGGAGAGGAUGUUCAUGCUUCAGAUUCUUCUGAUUCUGCAUUUCAGUCUGCAAGAUCAAGAGAGUCCAGAAGAAGUGUAAGAAUGGGCAAGAGCAGUACAUCUUCAGAACAGUGUAGACAAUCGCUUCUGCUCUCUCCUGCAUUGAAUUACAAGUUUCCGGGACUUUCUGGUAAUGCGGAUGAUACUUUGUCCCGUAAAAUGGAUGACCUCAGUUUGUCAAGGCAGGGGGCCAAUUUUGAUAAUGACUUUUGGAAAGGGAGAGAUGACCAGGAUACUCUGGAAGACCAUGAAGAAUGGGCUGAACAUGAUGAUUACUUGACUCAGCUGCUAUUAAAAUUUGGAGAGAAAGGACUUUUUCAACAGUCAUCUGAAGAUAAUCGAUCAAAUGAGCACUGGAUGUCUGAAAAUCUUAAAGCAAAGAAUGAUUUAAAAAGAAAUCAAAGUUUGGCAAGUAAGAAAUAUCAAUCCGAUAUGUAUUGGGCUCAGUCACAGGAUGGUUUGGGGGAUUCCGCAUAUGGCAGCCACCCUGGUCCAGCUAGCAGGAAAAUACAAGAACUGGAUAUGGAGCAUGGCGCUUCUGCUUACAAACUUGAAAAUACAUCAUGGUAUAAAAGCUCAUUGGAAUGUUUGUCGGAUGAUCUGAAACCCCAAGAUCCAAACAUUUGUGAUUCAAUGGAUUCAUUAGCUCUAUCCAAUAUAACAGGAGCUUCUAUAGAUGGUGAAAACAAAGCAAGAGCUCCUCUUUAUUCUUUUCAAAAUUUCGAGGACUUGGAUGCUAGGGAUUGUGAGAAAAUGAGUAAUAUGGGAACUCUUAAUUCAUCCAUGCUAAAUAGGAGCACAGAGUCCUUGAAAAGCUUAAGUUCUGAGGUAUGCCAGGAAAAGCCACUUCCAGAAGAAAAACCAGCACACGUGUCUGUAUUGAGGAGGUCCAAAUCUCAGACAAGACCACAGGUGAAGUUUUCAGAUGAUGUAAUUGACAAUGGAGAUUAUGGUAUGGUUGAAAUUCGCCAGCCACCAAUGAGUGAAAGGAGUCGUAGGAGGGUGUAUAAUUUUGAAGAACGUAAUCAAAGACCACGUCACCAUCACCGUCGGAAAAGCAGGAAGUCCCGCUCAGACAAUGCACUUAAUCUUGCUGCAGAAAUCAAACCAUCUGGAAGGGAAAAGCCUAGAUUUUACACUUCUGAGGAUUAUGAGAAACUUUUUCAAAAUAAAUCUCCUCAUGAAAUACAAGCAUACAUUCAGAAUGCUGAACUCUUUGGACAAUAUUCAAAUGCCGCUUCUGAUUAUGGACUACGAGGCCAAUCCAUGGACAAGUUUUUGGGGCUAUAUGGUGACGAUGAUGAUUCAUGGUGUUCCACAUGUUCGUCAUCCUCUUCAGAUUCAGAAGAGGAAGGAUAUUUUCUUGGACAGCCUAUACCUCAGCCACGACCACAGAGAUAUCAGUAUUUUACAGGAGACUUAUCUGGUCCAACAUCUGCACUAUCCAGUUCGCACUUUGGUCAAAGGACAACUAAAUCCAAGAAGAAAAAGGGACACAAAGGCAAAAACUGUAUUAUUUCCUAACAUUGACAUGUUACAUAUUUUAAUUCCUGUGAAGAUAUCAAAUUUACAUUUUCAUUUGCAAUUAUUUUUUCAUUUGUACUUACGUAAGUUGCUAAAAUAGAUUUUUUUACAUUUUUUUUAAGCUUUGCCAAUGUACCAAACAAGCCAGCUUGUGUUUACAAUGUGUAGCUGCCAUUCAAUGUUUAGCAUUGAGGAGAAUGAUUUUUACUUAAAUGGUCACAGGUUUACAAUUAAGGUUUGAAUUUUUUUAUGGUUUUUUUGCAUCCAACAAUAAAUACAGUUUAGCAUUUUGACUUUCUAUCAUACUUUACCUGGCAUGACCAGUACAAUUUAUGCUUCCAUGUAUAACAUAGUCUCUGAAAUAUAUUUUGAAGUACAGAUCUGGUAUAUGGGAUCAAAAAUGUGUUCUUUCGAUCCAUUUACACAUGAAUUUAUAUGAAAAUGUAACUUACAAUGCUGACUUUAAUCUGAGUUGCACCAAUAUCUAUACAGUUCAUCUAUGUUUUCUAAUUAGUGUGCUUAUGGGUUAUUUUCUUUUUGAAACCCAAUAAUUCAUGGCAAGUGUAGAAUAUAUAGAUGCAAGUUAUUUAUGAUGUAGCAUUUAAAUGAAUCUAGCCCUAAUUUAACUGUGCAGAUAAUAAUAUUGUACAUAUUGUAUAUGUUUAAUGCAAAUGCUGUUAUUUUUAUAUCCCUCAUUUACUAAAUUUCAUUCAGUUGAUUAAAGGGGUCCAAAACAACAUUGUGGUGGAUUUUUUUUUUUUUUUUUUUUUUUGCACCGUUGCAAAAAAAUAAUUUAUGUAAAAAAUGUAAAAUGGCCAUAUUUAGCUACGCAGAAUACUUUGCCCUUUUUAUAUAAUGUCCCCCCAUCCUUGCACAACCAUGGUGAAAAUAUGAAAACCUUCUUGCAACAUUGUUUUAUUUAUGAAUCUAUUAAUUGUUUAAGUAUUGCAGAAAGAAAUAAACAGAUAUUUAAGAUUAUUGGAACAGUCCUAGUACUAGCUUAAUAUUUCGUUAAACUAUUAAUGUUUUAGAUAACUCAUAAAUUGUUUGGUAUUUUAAAAAAAAGUUGACUCACUUUUGUGAAUAAAAAUAAAAAAUGUUGCCAAACGGUUAAUAA